GCAGGCUGCGGUUCCGUCAGUGCCCUGAGUGAGAGCGGCGAGAGGGCGGUGGUGGUGGUGUUUUUUUUUGGCUUUCUGACCGGCUGGAUGUUGUGCGGUGUUAGAGUGCAUGUGGGUAGGAAGCGGUUGUGAUCGCUGCUGAGGCCGGGGACUGAGCCGUGCUUAGGCCCCUGCUCACCUCUAGGGCCAUGGAGGGAUUGAGGACGCUGCAUUGAACAGGCUUAAAUAAGCAACAUUUCUAAAUGAAUUAACAUUAUCCACGCUUCCUGUUAAUCGUAAUAAGUUAGGAAAUGUGCUCUGAUUUUAAAUAUGUUAGGAAAUAUAAUAUAGGAAACUAUUUACAAUUAAUGGAUUUUUAAAAUAUGCUGUGAAUAUAUAUUUUUUAAAUUCCUAUAUCCUGCCCCUUUCUGGGACUGGCCUGGAGGGUUUAGCUUCAGUCAUGUCUGAUGUGGACUUUGGGAUGGAGUCUGGUCUCCUGGAUGUGUUGAGGUGGUUUGGGCUUGUUUCCUUGUUCCUGGCCUCAGUCCUCACCUUGGCACUGUAUGGGCUUCAUUGUGUCGUAGGGGUUCCUUGGGGGAGGAUUAAAGCGAAGUUUGGGUUUGGGGCUGCAGAUUCUCCUCCUAGUGACCCGUCUGAUGGGGCGGCCACUCUCCUCUCCUGGCUGCUGUCCUUGGAUAGCUGGAACUGUCAGUGGCAGAGAGCUUGGAUCAGGGCACUCAACAAGACAGCUACGAAGAACACGAGUUCAUUCCAGCUGACUAUUGAUAAUGCAGCUCUGUCUUCAUCACCACUGACUCUGAGUCGUGUUACCAGUGUUAUCAAAUCAGAACAACACUUGGUGUUCAGAUGCCUAGUGACCGGAGACUACGCCCAAUUUUCCAUCUCGGUGACACGGGAGUCACCUGUUGCUAUGGGAAUGGAAUCCUUCAAUGUCCAAGUGUCUCCACUUCAUAUUGAGCUGCAGAUUGACGUUCAAGAAACUGACGUUGUAAGAGUUACGUGGAGCCUUGUGGACUGUCAAAGCUUAAAACUGAAGGUGACACCAAAAGUUAAGCAGGAAGUAGCAGAAGGGGAUACAGACCAAGAGACUAUUCAUACACUGUUGCAAGAUAUGCUAACCUCAGCCCGUCCAAUGGUUUUAUUGACUAUGAAGGCUGCACCUUUAAAGGAAAAUAAUAAUUUCCCAAUCUCUCAGAAUUUGUCAAAUGUAGAGUUAUCUUCGCAGAUCCUCUCGCCUCCCAAACCACCUAGAGCUCAUGAACGGAAGCUUAAGGUGAAGAUCAUCAAAGUGGAGGGCCUUGCAGCUCCCGAUAUUGCUGAACAUAUCCAUCCAUACUGUGUCGUGGAGUUGGACAACCCAGUGCAGAAGGUGUCUAGUUCAGUGAUGAGCAGUGUUUCCAUUCCCCUGUGGGACCAGCAGUUUGUGUUUGAGCUGAGUGCCAAGUCGAAGAAACUUCACAUGCAGGUUUUGGAGGAUGGAAAAUCCUCAGAGAUCCUUGGUGAGGUGACAGUACCAAUAGAUCUGUUCAAGAAGCAGCCCAGUGGAAGACAAAGGUUUCGUCUGCUAAACACACAGAACGGGAAUAGUUCAGGAUCCAUCACAGCUGAGUUCUGUUAUAUGGAACCUAAUGAAAUGAAAUCUCGACAAUCUCCCACUCUGCUUCCGGCAAAGAAAGUAGAGAAGGAUCGAACAGUCAUGCCUUGUGGCACUGUUGUUACCACGGUAACCGCUGUUAAGACCAAGCCUCGAACAGAUGGGAAGCCUGGUGUGUCGCCUUCAGACACCCCUGUAAAGUCCUCUACAGAUGUGAAAGAUGCAGAGGAGGAAUCCUUGGUGCAAGAGAACUCCGAGCAGGGUGCACCUGUUAGCAAACUCCUGUCAUCAUCUGAUACAGAACUCCUGCAUUUGAGUGGCACCGACCCAGUGGCCGAGGCUGCAAUUCGGCAGCUUACUGAGUCUGCAAAGCAGAAGCUGAAGUCGCCCAUCAAGAAAAGUACCAUUGUUAUUUCUGGUGUUGCAAAGGCUCCCUUGGCUGUAGAUGAUCAAAUGACCUUAUCAGCCAACUAUGCAGCUGCGAUGGAUGCAUCCUUGAGACAGGAACCUCCACCUCACCCUUCCUCCAACAACAUUACUGAGCUCUCUUCUGAGAAAACACUAACUGCAAGCGUGGCCGAGGCUGAGAUUUGCGCUGCUGAAGAAGCAGCUUCAUUGCCGUCAGUAGUUGGAGCUGACGGACAGUUCGGCGAGUGCAGCCCUGGCUUUCAGGAGGACCUGGAUUUUGAACAGAAGUCUACAAGUUCCUUUAACAACUCAAAAGCUGGAACAGUGAAAAAAUCUAGAGGCAGCUUUAUGCGGAGCAGUGCAAAAUUCUUUUUCCGGCGCAGACAUCAUCAGAAAGAGCCUGGAAUGAGCCAGUCACACAAUGACCUGGUUUAUCUGGAGCAUCCAACACCCUUGGAGAAAGAGAGGAAGUCGACCCGGAAGCAAAUUAAAAGGCUUUUCCCGAAAUCCAAAAGCAAAGUUAAAGUUAAUGGCAUUGCAGCAGACUGAGGUUCCUGAGGACUUGAGGCCCUCCCCUUUAUUCCUGUUCUCUCCCUCCGUCCCACGUCAAUGCACUGUGACUAAGGAAUGUGCAGACUCCAAAAGCCUCAAGGUUUUAUGUGACUUGCAGUUAGAGGCUUCUUCAUCAGGAUUAUUCCAGUGUAGAAGGAAACUUCGUAUUUUAAAAUUUUACUUCACACUUGCUUGAGGAAAAAUUGCAACAUUUUUCCCAGGAGGGAUUUGGGCUUCCAUAAUCUCUGGAUUUUUUUUCCCUCAGUUAUGAGAAUUGCAUAUCGUUCAAGAAUUUGGAAAUGACAGGGCAUCUUUGUUUUAUCAUGCACCCAAUCCCAAACACAGGUAAAGCCUGUUUUGGAUACACCCUUCCCUGAAUAAAUUUGUGCCUAUCUGACCUGAUUGUUGCUAGGUUAGAAUAAUUUUGCAGUGUGGUUCACUGUCCAAUGUAAUUUCAAUUCAUUAUUGCCAUCUAGAGUUUAAAAGGCUGCAGCAGAGUUGAAAGCCAAGGGUUUUCCUUUCGACUGCUGUGUCUGCUUUUCUUUAAUCUCUUCUGUCUGCCAUCUUAUUCCCCACCUCCAUCAUUUCCUCUGCACAUCAAAACUGACUCCAGACCUCUGCAAAAGAAAUGGUUUCCAAGGCUAGCUCUCUGAACUUCAACAAAUGGGACAGGUCCACAGACAAUUCCCCAGGCCUCGGCAAAUGGGACAGUUCCUGAGCCUUCGAGGCAGGCUUCCUGAGCCAAAUAUAGGGAAGUCAUUUUUUUCCCCAUUCUCAGCAGUCUUCACUUCAGAAGUUGGUUCUGGUGAGCAGAAUGAUUCAAACAGUCUCUUUUCUGUAAUUUUUUAGAAAUGAUACCAGUCUCAUUUUACAGUGACAACUGUGGGUCAGUAAGCUCAGAGUCCUUUUCUUAGAUCGUGGCAGUAAUCACGUUGAGACUUCCUGAAACCUUUCUCUAGUGAAAUGAUGCUGACUAACUGUGAGAACUUCCUUGCGAUGCCAGUAAGACUGAUCGGAGAAGAGAUAAUUGAAUGAGUCAAGUAAGCGGAUUAUCACCUUUCAUGCAAACCCAAUGGAAAUUGAUUGGAAAAGCAUUGUUUGAAUUCCUGAGUAUGUAGCUGUUAAGUCUGAAAUUGGGAAUUUGUGUCCAUUUUAUCACAUUUAACCCAAAUUAUCCAAAUACUUGCAUUACUCGAUAUGUGCAAAAAUGAAGUCAUGCCAAUAACUUGAUGCUUUACACUACAAGGCUAGAGGAUUGAAGUCAUUUCUCGGCCUCUGAAUUGGUGAAUAUUCUGACUGCAAAUCUACCUGUGGCUUUUCUAUAGUUUACAAUUUCGGAAUACAGGAUUAUGGAGUAUGAAUUUAAGGAAAACCAACCGCAAAAGUGUGAUGAGACCAAGUAUGGAAAUAUUCCCUGUGCUGAAUAUAUCUGAGGUAGUAUAAAUUCAGUAUAUUUGACAUUCUUUUGUAUCACUGUGGGGAAUUACACUUAAAAACGAGGGUUUCCAUUUGCCACGUGAGCCUGCUGCUGCACUGGAUCACUUUACGAGCCACUUUUUUAGUGGGGGCAAAGGAAUCUUCUGAAACUUCACUUGAAGAAUUAAGAAGUCACACCAGUCCACCAUUUUGCCACAGGUUCCUAUUCAUCAGUCUAGUAUCACUGUUGCUGUGCUGUUUUGUUUUAUAUAUAUUUGACCAAGAGUGAGCUCUUCCCUUCAUCUGUAGAUGGUAAUUGUCUCAAAAAGGCAUGAGGACUGUUGGUAUUUGGGCUAUGAAGGUGCCCUAUCAUUAAGCUGGUCAAUUGGCUUGGAAGGCAAUUACCUGGCAGUCCAGGAGCAUCCUUAGGUUUUUGCUGGGUUGUUAGUCCCAGGCUGUGCUGGAAGUUUUGUUGGAUUGUGUGAGUGUGUGCCCCUCAUUCUCGACAUGCCUAGUAUCAUCAUAUGAGCUUCCCUACUUGGUUAUCCUCUGUUUAUUUGGUUUAUAAUGAUUGUGACCAGUUGACAACUGGCUUUUUAUGCACUUGCUUCAUAUUUUCUACUGCCAUUUUUCCCCAUUUUUUUAAGAGCAUUUGAAUAAUAAUCAGAAGGGUGUUUGGCUUGUUCUCAGUUUCAGGGGUUGUAGGAAUGUUGUGCUGCUUAGGUUUUGAGCUGUAUUAACACAUCUGCCUCUUCAUUCAGCCAUUGAUUUCCCUUUAGUUAUCUAGCUACUAUGGGUAAACUUUGCUCUUUCUCACAAACUAAAGUUGACUGUCAUAGUCAAUAAUGAGCUGUGUAACUGAAAACAAGAUGACUUGUACUCAUCCAGAAUUCCACGUGUAGCUUUAAGACUCUGCAGUUUCCUAGGGCAGAUCUACUCAGUAUGCUGCAUUUUUACAAUGCUGCCUAUUUAGUGAACUGGAUGAAGAUUAUUAAUUGGCCUUUUAUUCCCCCGCCCCCCCCCCGCCCCAUACCCUUCCAUUGCCUACUGUAAGCAAGAGACUUCUGACCUUUUAGGCUUUGCUACGAGUCUUUCCUAUUACUUGCCCACCACACUAACAAUGCACCCUAUGAUUUCUAUUUCUAUUAUUUAGUUAGUUCUGGGAAAAAUCAUAAUGCUGUUUAUUCUUUGUCUUCCAGUUAUACUCGCUACUCAGUGAACUUAUUUUUAUUAUUAAAUGACAAUAUAAGUGUUACGACUAGUGCAGGGUCUAAACUUAUUCUUAGUAUGUGACCUACUCUUCUGUGUGGGCUUUGUCAGUUCAGGAUUUUUGGUGUUCAAUGCUGAUACCUUCUCUAAGUUUAGAGAUGAUGUGGUAUCAAAGUACUGUGUACAGUUCCAUAGUCAAUCUUUCAAACUGAACUAUUGUCCAGUAGAGAUUUCCCAUCUUGCUUUAACAAGAAGAGGAAAAGGUAUGUUAAUUGAAGUACACGAUCCUUCUGUCUCUAUGCAUGUCAAUCCCAUUGUUUACCAGUGUAUAAAAUAAUGACCAAAGAGUGGAAAUAAGGACUGCGUAACCCUCUGACUACACAAGUAACACCUGUGAGAAUCAGUAUUUAAAAUGUACUGAUUCAGUAUAAAGCUUGUUAUUCCUGUGAACCAUAACUGGAAUCUUCCUUUAGUGCUGCCUCAGUACCAAGAAAUAGUAAAGGAAGAACAAAAGUAAGUAUGAAGUUUUUUGAACUGAGCCAGGGACCAAAACUAAAAAUGGAUUGCACACUAAGUUAUUGACAAUUAAAGAAAAUACCGCAUGUUAAUGGUCUUGCUUAAAAAGAGAAACACUGAAGUUACCCAGUUGCCUUCUAAAACUACAGUGUCUUAAUUCUUAUAACUAUUGCAAUAAAUAUUGAGAACCAUGACUUUAUUUGCUUGUUGCCUUUUUUCCUGUCCUUUGGGAUUGUUGCAUUGUCCUGCUUGCCAAAGCAAGCUAAGGCUUCUGAAAUGUGCCUUUGGGAAGAUUUUGCUCAUUCAAAGGCAGACCAUCAGUGGUCAGUUCUGGUACUGUUCAAUAGCACUUGUUGACGGGUCACAAAUCUUUGUUUUAGCACAAUCUGCCUCUUGUAUGAUGUUAGUGUGGUACACGUAAAAAGGAUGCACACUUACAGCCUACCUUAGUGCACCCCAAACUAGUGGUCAGCGUACUGCUGCAGGCAAUAUGGAACUUAAUGAAUGCUCAGCAAUCUCGCGUAGUAGGGGACAGAACUCUACAAAAGGGUGCUGUGAGAGCACAUUUCAUUAGCUUGUCAUCUUAUUCACUGGUUGGCACUUUCGCAGUG